AUGAUCGCUGCUGCAGAAGAGGCCAAGUACUUGGCCAGGCCUGAUGGUCCUGACGAAAAUGAGAUAUCUCAACAGGCCCGGCAGCGGCUCCUGCUAGUUCUACCGUGGGGUCGCAGCCCCAUCCGCCUCGGGACUACCUUUCACUCGAGGCUGCAGUCUACAGGAGAUCCAUGGUCAAAGGAGACGCCCUUUGUGCUUUCCGACAUACAUAUGAUUCCAAAGGAGCUGCACGCCGAGUAUGGAACAACAUGUACUUUCAAGAAGGUUGAGACGAGAAAAGAGAGCGAAACGGGCGAUCACCUGAGUCUUGGAUUUGGCAUCGGUGUCGGAGUACCCUUUGUUGCUUCCGUGAGUGUAAAGGGGACAUUCGAUCAGCAUAUCCAGGAAAAUAAAGACUCUGAUAAGAUGUCCCUAAAUGCCAACUGCCGAGCCGGAACUAUCGAGUUCCAGAGGCAGCCACGCCUGACAAAGGAAGCCAUCAUAGAGAUCAAGUAUGGUCGAGGCUAUGAGGGUUUCUGCGAGAGGUACGGAGACUACUACCUCGCUGGAUACCGGUUAGGAGGGGACACGGGAAUCCUGAUGAGCGCUUCGGGACACUCGCGAGAACAGAAGGACAACAUCGAUGUGACUGCGAAAGUGACUGCGCUCCUCAUUUCGGCGAGCAAGCACUGGGAAAAAGAUUUUCGCAAGUUCAGUGCAGGUCGCCAGGUCAGACUGCUUGGGUACGACACGCUUGAUGACAUGAAUUGGAAGCGAUUCAGCGCCGCGGGUGACGACGAAAAGGAAAUGAGGGCCUGGGCAGGCAGUUCAAUUGCCUCUGAAUCUGCAGAUACGCUGCGGGCUGAUGUGAAUGCCAUCAUGACGCGAUCCGAGAGCUUGAUGAAGCGUAUCUAUGAGGUCCUCGACAGGCAUGGAUAUAGAGAUGGGCAGAGUCUGACAUUCGUUCAAUGUGAGGAACUGCUGGCUGAAGGAAUCGUGGUUGAGCUGCUGCUUGAACCGAUGUGGAGGUUACGCGAUGUGGUGCAGUGGCGUAAUGAGAAGAACAUUAUCUAG